CCUCUUCUCACGAUCCGCCAUUAGCAGGAGGCUUGUGGUGGAUUCGAUUCCAAAAUGCAGAUUUUCGUGAAAACCCUUACGGGGAAGACUAUAACCCUUGAGGUUGAACCUUCCGAUACCAUCGAAAAUGUCAAGGCUAAGAUCCAAGACAAAGAAGGUAUCCCUCCUGAUCAGCAGAGGCUGAUCUUCGCUGGUAAGCAGCUGGAAGAUGGCCGCACUCUGUCUGACUACAACAUUCAGAAGGAGUCCACACUGCACCUGGUGCUGAGGCUGCGUGGUGGUGCCAAGAAGAGGAAGAAGAAGUCCUACACCACACCCAAGAAGAACAAGCACAAGAGAAAGAAGGUCAAGCUUGCUGUGCUCAAGUACUACAAGGUCGACGAAAACGGCAAGAUCCACCGCCUUCGCCGCGAGUGCCCUGCGGACGAGUGUGGUGCCGGUGUGUUCAUGGCCAGCCACUUCGACAGGCACUACUGCGGAAAGUGCUGCCUCACUUACUGCUUCAACAAGCCUGAGGACAAGUGAGAGGAUGGACUGGACCUAAUAAAGCCUUCACCACCCAU